AGGCGGUAAUCAAUUUGGGUAUUCGAUGAACGUUCCUUUCUUCGAUUCAUCGUCUCAUUUCCCCCAUUUCAAUCUCUCUCUCUGUACCUUUCUUUAUUUCUCGGUUCCUUUCCUCCUUUCGGAUCUUCGAAGACUCUUUAUUAUUCAUUCCCUUAGGUUCAUCUUUCGAUAGAGUAGAGAAAUGACGACGAGUUUGGAUCGGUGGGAGAAGGAUCCUUUCUUUGCCGCUGCCGAAGAAGUUCAGGAAUCUGCUGACAGGAUGGAGUCAGCUUACAGGACAUGGAUCAAGCGAGGCUCUUCAAAUGUAUGGGACUCUGAUCAGCUUCACAGAGACCUUCACGCCGCUCUCGGAACCACCAAAUGGCAGUUAGAUGAAUUCCAACGAGCUGUAAAAUCAAGCUACGACAACCGUCUGAGCGACGAGACUCGAGACAGGCAUCGCGAGUUCACUUUCGUGAUGGAGGCACAAGUGGCCAAGAUCGAGAAAUCCCUCAAGGAAGCUGCAGAUGGCAAGGGGACUCCGAGGUGGGUGCGUUUGGACGAAGAUGAUCGUAACGAGCUCGCCCUCUUCUUGACUGGACCACCGUCGCAAGGGCAUAGGAGGGCGGCUAGCGCCACUCCUGACAUCGGUGCCUGGAGCAUUGCGGUUUCGUCUGAGGACGGUUUAGCGAAGAAAUCUUCCGGUGACCCGCCGGUUCGACCUCCAAGGAAAGUUCCUAGCGUCUCCGGGUUCUUGAAUUUUAUGGAGCCUGGGUCGAAAAACUGCGUUAGGAAGUGGAAGGCAUUGGAUCGUCAAGGAGACUCUGAUGCUGUCUUGUUAUUGCCUAUCCAAGCCAACCAACAAGUGGUGAAUGGAAGUCUUGAGAGGGACAAAAGUUGUAUGGAGUGUGAGGAAGAUUGUUACGAGAAGCAGCUUCAGCUUCACGGUUGGUAUGGAGCUAUACAGAGGCAACUUCAACGGUCUCAGUAUCGAAUGAGAUAUAGUAAAACCGUUCAAGCUGCAGUUUGGAUUCUUCUUUUACUUUUUCUUAUAGUGGUAGUCGCAACGCAUGCAAUGUAGAAGACAGGUAUGAAUACGACGCUGGAGAGAGUUCAUUCAUCUUCCGUACUGUACAGUAGUAACAUCACUGUGUUUGAUUCUCUUGUAACGUAGAAAUGCAUUUUUGGUUCGAGUAAGAAAGAAUCUUGACUUUAUCUUUGUUAUUACAACCAAUUCGAGAAACAACUUUUUUUAUAUGUAUUGGAACAUUGUGAAAAUGGAUGUUUUGUAGUACACGAAUGCAUUCAUGAUUUUUGAUUA